ACAUCUUCAACAAUGAUGUCCUCACCCACAGAGCAACAAUCUUCAUCUUCUUCAACAAUGACACACUCAGGAACAACUAAGUUCUCAACAUCAUUGACCACGAUUUCAAUGCACACAACUCAGACUGUGACUGCCGGCUCCACAAUCACAACUACUGUGAUGACACCUACCUUAUCACCUACAAGUUUUAACCCAAACUCAAAUACCACAGUUACAAUCCGUACACCUUCUACAGUCUCUUCCAGCAUGACACAUUUAACGCAGCCUUCUGCUCCACCCACUAGUGAAGCAACAACAUAUGAGAAAUCAAGUAGCAUUCGACCAACAUCUUCUCCAACUACAACAACUUCAAAGACUUUGACAUCAGCAGAGUCCAUUAGCACAAACACACUAAUGACAGUCAGUCAUUCAACAUCUACCAUUACUCCAGUUUCAAAUGUCACUGUCACUUUGACAUCAUCUACAACUCCUCACUGUGGAGAUAUGGACUGUCCUGGGUGCACUGGUACCUGUGCUUUCAACAAGACACUUGGAAGAUGCAACUGCCGCUGUCAAGAUUUUGUCUUUGGAGAUGUCUGCAGUUUCGGAGAGAAUGAUACUGCUGCUCAUAUUGAUACCGGUGCAAUACCAACCAGAAAAGCAAAUUUUACUUUGGAAUUUAACAUCACUUUUCAGGAUGGUUUUUAUGAUUUAAAUUCAAAUCCAUCAGUGGAAUUCAUCACAACAUUAGAACGGGAGCUCGAAGCCCUAUGCAAAGAAGCAGAUCCACAAAGCUAUAAAAAAGUAGAAGUCAUCAAGUUAUUACCAGGAAGUGUUGUAGCGGAGAGUGUGGCGGAGUACAUCUAUACAAACAAUGAAACUCAAAUCCAGUUUGUCAACAAUCAGCUUGUUGGGGUGUUGAAUGCUAUCUUGAAUAACACAAGAAACCUCAUUAAGAUUUCUCAGGCCUUUCAUAAUGCAAAUGUACAGUUAAAUGCAGUCAACUUCAACCCACCUGUGAUUAAAAAUAUCACAGACCUGAUGCCUUUUGUUAACUGCUCUCAGUUUGCUAAUUACACUGCUGAGAUUAGCAAUGGUGAAUGGCAUUGUGUUGGACCUUGCAAAACAAACCCUGAUUACUGUCAUCAACAUGGAGAAUGUUUCAAUAACAUUUACCAAGGGCCUACCUGUAGGUGCUUUGAGUCUAGCCUGGAGCAGUUUUAUGGGCCACAGUGUGACCUCCUCCGUUGGGGUCCAGGUUUUUAUGGAGCACUGUUUGGAUCAUUAGCAACAGCACUCUUGUUCUUGAUUAUCAUCGUCAUUGCUGUCAUUGUCAGAAAGAGACGUAUGGGUUUUUGGAGAAAAAGUAACUCUUACAACAGAAGACUGUCUGCUUUUGAGGAAGAUUUCUUUGACUUCUCUGUUGCAGGAGAUCACAACUUGGGAUUUGCAGGCUCUUAAACAUCUCAGGGUUUUAGACCUCGUCUACAAAAUGUUGAAACUCGAUUGCAGGUCACAUCAAAAAGUCCAGAGGUUUCAAACAUCAACCCUAGAUGACGGCUACACACUGGAAAAUGUUUUAAUUACAGUGUUUUCCAUGUUGAAAAUGAUAUCUGAUAUCUGAAUCUA